GUGCGCCGCCGCCGGGGCUGGUGCAGAACGCCGUCAUAAACGGUGUGGGCCCCGGCGGCACUGCCACCACGGCGACCAAGCCCAAGCCAAAACCCAAGCCGGACCCGGUCGCCCUGCAGCACGCAACGCAGAUGCUGCUGGCGCAGCAGCAGGCGGCACUGGUGGCGGCGGCUGCGGCUAACGGUGGUAACAUGGCGGCGUUUCCCAGCAUAGCAGCUGCGGCGGCGGCAGGCAUGAUGCAGGUGCACCAGGGGCACAUGGCGGCGGCAGCCAUGGCGCCGCACGGCGUGUAUGCGCUGACGGCGGGGCAGCAGGGCGCAGGGGGCGGCGGGCAGCCGGGGAGCGCGACAGCGGGAGGCGGGCAGUCCAUGUUCCCCACACAUGGCACGACGACCAUCAUGACACCCAUGGGGCCGAUGCAAGUGGCGACGCAGCCAGGCGGUGGGCCGGGCGCCGGCGGGCAGGGCAUGAUGGUUGGCGGCGGUGGGAUGCAGGGCGGGCUGACGCCGAUGCAGAUGCAGGCGAUGGGCAUGCAGGGCACUGGGGCCGGCGGCAUGGGUGCUGUGGGCCUGCACCCACUGCUGGCGGCCGGUGGCGGCUACAACAUCCAGCAGGCGCUGCAGCAGCACAUGCAGCAGCAACAGCAGGGCAUGCAGCAGCAGCAACAGCAGCAGCAGCAGCCGGGCGCGCCAUUGCUUGGGUCUAUGCAAAACCUGCAGGCCCUGCAGCAGCAACAGCAGCAGCAGGAGGCGCUGCAACAACAGCAACAGCUCCUGCAGCAGCAGCAGCAGCAACACCACCACCAGUUCCAGCACCACCAGCAGCAGCACCAGCAACAGCAACAGCAGUCGCAGCAGCAGGUUGCCGGCAGCAGCCCGGGCGUUAGUUGGCUCACCCACGCCAUGGGUGGCGGCGGGGGCGGCGGGGGCGGCGGGAUGCACAUGGGUGUCAUGCCGCCCGGGACCGGCUGCGGCUCGGCAGCCACCGCAAUGGACAUUGGGCCGCGGGUGUCGGCGGGCGACGCGCCGUCGCCCUUCAGUGGCCUCGGCUUGUCGCCGGGGAUCACGGAUUCCGGCAUUCCCGACAUCCCGGAGGACUUCAUCGCCAACCUCAACGGCGCCGGCGCAGGGCCUGGCGCGGGCGGCGGCAUGGCGCCCAUGACUGCAUCCAUGUUCAAGACCAAUGCCGCCAACAGCGAGCUGCUUGGGCUGUUUGAUGACGAACUGGCCGGCAUCAGCGCGCGAUGAGUGGCCGAGGCACAGCUAAGGAGCGCUGUGCAGAGAGGCUGUGAGAGGGAUGGCAUGGCGGGAGGAGCAAGGGGCGGGUACGCUUGCGCGGCUAUGACACCCGAAGGCAAUGGGCGGCGGCACCUGUGCGCUCACGGGCGCAUCGUGUGUCCCGGACAAUGGGAAGAGUGGAAGAGAGGAGAGUCAGAGAGGCGCAGGCGCCCGCAGCGCUGGCGCAUGUGCCGAGUUCUUGGUGCAUGUGAUGGGCGUUAUGGCUCCACUAUUGGAGCGUGCCGCCUGGUAUGGGAGCUGGGGGGAUUCGCAUACGGCGUCAUCAGCCCGACUGCGACCAGAGCGGGGUUACGGGGCGUCGAGAGGGGAUGGGUAAGCUUCAGGGGCGGCGGCCCUCGCGCGCGCACUGUUGCCGCGCUCUUGGCGCCAUGUGGACCUUGUCAGGAACUGAGCGUGAACUUGAGUGGUGCGCUGAGCGCCGAAGACAAAAGCCAGGGCUGUGUUGUGGGCAGUGCGCAUGAGCAUCCCCUCCAGUCGCCGAUCGCUCACCGCGUCGCCAGCAUGACUUCUGUCAGUAAGAAAGUGGGUGUGGCUGCGGCGCCGCAGACCGUGCAGUAAGUUAUUCAUAUAUGUGCCGCUGUAUGGCGUGUAGAGACUAUGUAGCUCGAGCUGUGUAACGUUGCGGGGGCGAAGGGUUACUAUGAUGCAUCAUUCUGCGUGGGCGCGUGCCAUUUGGGACGGCGCAGCAAGGGUGCAUGCGCUGCGUCACGCAACAAAGCGCACAUCACGUGUCCUCUGGCAUGGAAGGCCAGCCCUCCGGGAAAUCCGGGGCAUGCAUUGCGGCGCACCGUACGUCCAACACACUACGGUCGCGCAUGGGUGAGCCACCGGGGGCGCUGCGGGAGCCGCCGCGGUGGCACCUGACUGUGAGGCAUGCGCGCUUAGCUGUCGUGAGUGGUGCCCUGAUGAUCAUUAUGGAUGAACGUGUGUAAUGGGUGAGCGGUGCACGCCCGCCUUUCGUAGCAGUAGUUCACGUGGGUACCGUACGCUGGGUGUCGAGGUACGCGGCCCCGCUGUUUCUGCAUUACCGUAGAGAUUGUAGGAAGCAGCGCGUUGCAUUGAUGAUGAUUCCUGAUGACGAAUGCGCCGGUCGGCUUUGUCGGCGGCAGGAGGACACUUUGGUUUGUGAGUGAUUGCGGCGAGCUGCCCACGGGUCCAUACCUGGGCCGAUGCAUUAGGGCGUCUCCUCCGUGUUGCAGCCUGUUGGCUCGACAAAAUGGAGAGCCGUGUUAGAGGAUGGGCAUAAGAUGCGAUCCAUUUACGUGCCGUGCAUCAUGUCGGUUGUGGUAGGACUGCAUGGUGCUGGUCGGGGGGGGGGGGGGCUUGUGCCCCCACGGCUAUGGAGGCCGUGGCAUACGUGUGGACAUACGCGGUGGCAGCCUGCUGCACAGCCCACCUACGGCUGAGUGAAAGCCUAGCGUGAACCGUAUGACCGCAUGAGUGCACGUACGCGUUCGUCGAUUACAGUGGACAAUUACAGUUUACGCGCUGCUGUGUGACGAGUGCGCGCCGUGUCAGGCGGGAGUCGCAAUGAGCAGUGCGCUCGAUGUGUUUGCGGCGCUCAUGUCUGUGUUAUGGAUUCGAAUUGAUAUGCUGAACUGGGACGCCGCAGCGCCGAGCUUGCUGCAGUCAAGUGGCUUUCGGCCGUCAGUGGAAGUGGAGGCAACACCACAGCCACGUAGUAAGUUGCGAGAUAAGAAUAUACUACGGUGUACGGUGUGUGUAAGGGGCACUGCUUACUUUGUGACAAAUGACUCUGAGCUGCAAGGGGAACCGCAUGCUGCCGUCGGCGCCAUGCGAGGGGUUCACAUGCGGCUCGUGUGACGGACCACGGGCAGGAGGGUGGCAACAAUUACCCGGGCGGUGCAGACAAAAACUGUAGAACGGUACAAUACA